UCGCUUUCUUCGCAUUCUCUCUCUCUCUCUCUCGCUCUCUGAAUACAUUUGAUCUUUCUUGGAGCUUCUUUGCACGACUUCAAUGGAGACCCCUUCGUCAAACAGGAGAGUUACGAGGUCUCAAACCGCCGCUAGUAACAGCAAGAACCUUCCAAUCUCGAGGAAGUUGGAAGAUUCUGAUUUGAGGCAAAGGACUAAUGGGAAGCAGCAGCAAGAAAGGUCUGCACUCAUCGACAUAACCAAUGAUUCUCCAAUCGUUGGGGUCGCGGCUGGGAACAGCUUGCGGACCCCGUGCUCAUCAAUUGCAAAUAAGAGAAGUAACAGAGCCAAGAGCACUCCUGGGUCCGGGGAGGCACUGUUAAGGGGUCAAGUUAAGAUUCUACUACAGAAAGUAGAAGAGGAGGCCGUGCUUUCGAGGAUUUCUAUGGGAAGCAGGCCUUUGCUUCGCCUUCAAGGGUUGGUUAACUCUCCAAUGGGGCUUCUUGCACCAACUCCGGCCAACACGCCACAGGUGCUGAGUCUAUCAGAUGAUGGAAGCAUGAACAAUGGCUUGGUUACCUCAACUGCUUUAGUCGAUGUUGAAGAGCAACUAAUUUCUCAGCAGGUGGCAAGUGACAUCUUUGAUGAAAGGGAGCAAGAGAGUCUUGAGUCACAAAAGAGCAUCAUAACUCGGUCUCUGCUGUUGGAUUUCUCUGAGAAAUCCGAACUUUCUGACUCGUCUGAAUGCUCGUCUGUGCUCACCUGCCUAGGAGGACCAGAAGGAGAGAGUGGAUCCAAAGAGAAGUCAUUGACCACAGACGAUGGCAACGCCUCUGUUUGGUCCAUUCAGGUCAAUGCGAGUGCCCAUGGUGAAGAUGAAGACGAGGGUGCAUUCAUUGAAGGAGAAGGAGAAGGAGAAGAGAAGGAGGAGGAAGAUGAAUACGAAGAAGAGGAUGGAUCUCUAGUGGAUGAACUGUGUCGAGGAGUGAGCAAAAUGUGGGUGAGCAGCGAGAAGAAAAUGCCCGACUUUGCAGGAAGCCACACCAGGUUCGUUUACAACAGCGAUGAUGAAAUCGUUGGAGAAGAAAAAGAGGGAAGUGAUGGCAAGGGUGAUGUUUCGCCCAGUGUUGUGCGGUUGAAGGGACUGCCUACACCAAGAGGAAAGCACUUGCGUUUUGCUAUGGAAGGAAAUACGAGUGGUGAUUGAGACACACACACCCCUUUUGCUUUACUAGUUUUCUUGUUCUUGGGAAGAAUGGUUGGGAUGCUGUUACUGGUUAUUUCAUCAAGUAGAUGAAAAAGUGUGUGAGGAUAUGUGGUGAUGUCCAGAAACUGUUGUUUCUUCUAAUAAUCAAAUCGAAAUUUUGCUAUUUUUUUA